AUGGACAAAAUAGAAGGGGUUUCAGACACAGUACAAGUGGUCUUUAUAGGUAUGACGAUCGCCAAUUUCCUUCUAAACACUGGUCGCCUUUCACAAGCCAUUGAGUUGUGUAAGGAAUGUCUGAGUUUACUAGACAGUCGGGCGCUUGAUGAGAUUGGAGAUGCAGUGGAUUACCGAAUCCUUGGAACUCUGCACCAAUCGGUUGGUGAUUAUAACAAGGCUCAAGAGUAUCACAAGAAAGCACUUGCUAUCGCAAUGGAAAUUGGUGACAGAAAAGGAGAAGCAGUGGAUCACGGAAAUCUAGGAACAAUGUUCCAAUCGCUUGGUAAUUAUAAAAAGGCACAAGAACAUUACAUGAAAGCACUUUCCAUCAGAACACAAAUUGGUGACAGAAAGGGAGAAGCAGUGGUUUACAGAAACUUAGGAACCUUGUUCCAAUCGCUUGGUAGUUAUAACAAGGCACAAGAAUAUUACAAGAAGGCACUUGCUAUCACAAUGGAAAUUGGUGACAAAGGGGGAGAAGCAGCAGAUUACGGAAAUCUAGGAACAAUGUUCCAAUCGCUUGGUAAUUAUAAAAAGGCACAAGAACAUUACAUGAAAGCACUUUCCAUCAGAACACAAAUUGGUGACAGAAAGGGAGAAGCAGUGGUUUACAGAAACUUAGGAACCUUGUUCCAAUCGCUUGGUAGUUAUAACAAGGCACAAGAAUAUUAGAAGAAGGCACUUGCUAUCACAAUGGAAAUUGGUGACAAAAGGGGAGAAGCAGCAGAUUACGGAAAUCUAGGAACAAUGUUCCAAUCGCUUGGUAAUUAUAAAAAGGCACAAGAAUAUCACGAGAAAGCACUUUCCAUCAGAACACAAAUUGGUGACAGAAAGGGAGAAGCAGUGGUUUAUAGAAACCUAGGAACCAUGUUCCAAUUGCUUGGAAAUUAUAACAAGGCACAAGAAUAUUACAAGAAGGCACUUGCUAUCACUAUAGAAAUUGGUGACAAAGGGGGAGAAGCAGCAGAUUACGGAAAUCUAGGAACAAUGUUCCAAUCGCUUGGUAAUUAUAAAAAGGCACAAGAAUAUCACGAGAAAGCACUUUCCAUCAGAGCACAAAUUGGUGACAGAAAGGGAGAAGCAGUGGUUUAUAGAAACCUAGGAACCUUGUUCCAAUCGCUUCGUAAUUAUAACAAGGCACAAGAAUAUUACAAGAAAGCACUUGAAAUCACACUGGAAAUCGAUGACAAAGGGGGAGAAGCACUGGCUUACGGAGACCUAGGAACAGUGUUCCAAUCGCUCGGUAAUUAUAACGAGGCACAAGAAUAUCACGAGAAAGCACUUGCUAUCAGACUGGAAAUUGGUGACAGAAAAGGAGAAGCAGCGCAAUACAGAAAACUAGGAACAGUGUUCCAAUCGCUUGGUAAUUAUAACAAGGCGCAAGAAUAUCACGAGAAAGCACUUGCUAUCAGUCUGGAAAUUAGUGACAGAAAAGGAGAAGCAGCGGAUUACAGAAACAUAGGAACAGUGUUCCAAUCGCUUGGUAAUUAUACCAAGGCAUUAGAAUAUUAUAAGAAAGCACUUGUCAUCAGAAUGGAAAUUGUUGACAGAAAGGGAGAAGGAGUGGAUUACGGAAAUCUUGGAACGGUGUUCCAAUCGCUUGGUAAUUAUUACAAGGCACAAGAAUAUUACAAGAAAGCACUUUCUAUCAGACUGGAAAUUGGUCACAGAAAAGGAGAAGCAGCGGAUUACGGAAAUCUAGGAACAGUGUUCCAAUCGCUUGGUAAUUAUAAACAGGCACAAGAAUAUUACAGGAAAGCACUUGCUAUCGGACUUGAAAUUGGUGACAGAAAAGGAGAAGCAGUGGAUUACGGAAACCUAGGAACCGUGUUUCAGUUGCUCGGUAAUUAUGCCCAGGCCCAGGAAUAUUACAAGAAAGCACUUGCUAUCACAAUGGAAAUUGGUGACAAAGGGGGAGAAGCAGCGGAUUACGGAAAGUUGGGAACAAUGUUCCAAUCGCUUGGUAAUUAUAAAAAGGCACAAGAACAUCACGAGAAAGCACUUUCCAUCAGAAAACAAAUUGGUGACAGAGCAGGAGAAGCAGAGGAUUACAAGAACCUUGGAAUAGUGUUUCAAUCGCGCGGUAAUUAUGACAAGGCACAAGAAUAUUACAAGAAAGCACUUGCUAUUAGAUCGGAAAUUGGUGACAGAGAAGGAGAAGCAACGGAUUACGGAAACUUAGGAAGACUGUUUGAUUUACUCGGUGAACAUGACAAGGCUCAAGAACAUCUAGAGAAAGCACUACGAAUUAGUAAGGAAAUUUGCAACAGAAAUCUAGAAGCAAAUUGUUAUGCAAACCUUGGAGCUUUUUUUCUGUCACUCGGAAAAUACCCUAGAGCAGAUAAAUAUCUAGUACAAGCAUUGGCAAUAGCAAAGGAAAUUGGCGAUAAACAUGGAGAGGCAGCAGUUUACAGUAAUUUUGGGAGAAUUUCUCACCAUAUUCAUGAUUAUGAAAAAGCUCAAGAAUAUCACAAGAAAGCCCUUGCAAUCUAUGAGGAAAUUGGCGGCAGAGAUGGAGAAGUAGUCGAAUACGCAAGUUUGGGGGUAUGUUUCCAAUCACUUGGCAUAUAUAACGUGGCCGAAAAAUACAUCAACAGGGCCUUAUUAAUAAGCAAGAAUAUUGGACACAACUUUAAUGAAUUUAGCUGCCUUUGUCAACUAGCGCAGUUGAAGCUAUCACAAUUUAAUCUCAAAGAAGCCAUAUCAUAUCUUUUUCAGUGCAUUGGAAAAUUCGAUACGUUGCGAGGUUUCCUUAAAGAUAACGAUCAGUUUAAGACGUCUCUUUUAGAGAAGCACGGCAAUUUUCCAUACAAGUUGCUCAGCAACUUGCUUUCUUCUACCGGAAAGACAAGAGAUGCUCUUUAUAUUGAGGAGCUGAGACGGGCAAGAGGCCUCGCCGACUUCAUGGCAGCCAAAUACUCUGUUGAAGAGUUGAUCUCAGGCAACCCACAGUCAUGGCAUGGCGUUCAAACCAUCAUUACAAAAGAAACAAACUGUACAUGUCUUUACAUUUCAGUUGAAAAAGAACACGCACGGUACUGGAUUCUCAAAGCAUCAGGAGCCAUUCAUUUCUCACGAAAGAAAGUGAGUCUGGAGAAACGUGUGGUGACCAGAUUAGUUCCUGAUUUGGAUCAGUUUUUCACAGAAAGCUUUCGCAGCCUUGGCAUUCUACUCCAACAGAAUUGCGAAGAUCGUUCAUUAGAUGACACCGAAUCAAUGCUACCUCACUAUGACCAUGACAAUCGCGGGCUCAUGCGUGAUUUUGAUCCGAAAGAUUUCAAAACGAAUCUUCAGUCAUGUUACGAGAUAAUUAUCGCUCCCGUGGCCCAUUUACUGAAGGAGCCCGAGAUUUUAAUUGUCCCUGAAUCCUGUAUGUACCAAGUCCCAUUUGCAGCCAUCAGUGAUGAUGGAGGAACAUAUUUAGUGGAUACCUUCAGGAUCCGCGUCGUUCCCUCUCUGACGACUCUAAAGCUGAUUCGGGACAGUUCCCCCGACUACCACAGUCAGAGAGGAGCACUGAUAGUGGGUGAUCCUAAGGUUGGCGAGGUGCUUUUGAAAGGAAAACGCAGGAUCAUAACAUCAUUGCCAUGUGCAAGAAAGGAAGCAGAGAUGAUUGGACGACUUCUUGGAGUGACACCUUUGACUGGAGACCGUGCAACAAAGGAGGCAGUUCUUGGCGCAAUAAAUUCAGCAAGUCUGAUUCACUUUGCUGCCCACGGUGAUGCAGAAAGAGGAGAGAUUGCUCUUUCUCCUAAUUGCCCCACCGACUUCAUUCCACAAGACGAAAACUUCCUUUUGACCAUGGCGGACAUUUCACAAGUUCGGCUGCGAGCUAAACUGGUUGUACUUAGCUGUUGUCACAGUGCACGUGGGAAGAUUAAAGCCGAGGGAAUUAUUGGAAUCGCUCGAGCGUUCUUAGGAUCUGGUGCUCGUUCAGUGUUAGCGGCACGGUGGGCCAUAGAAGACACAGCCACGGAGGAAUUCAUGAGAUGUUUCUACCAAAACUUGUUCCGCGGUAAAAGUGCAAGUGAAUCCCUUCACGAGGCCAGGAAAUGGUUAAGAAAGAACGGCUUCGAAAAAGUUUCUCAGUGGGCUCCCUUCAUGCUUAUUGGCGAUAAUGUGACAUUUGAUUUUGAAAACUGGCCAGUGUCUAAAACAUCCGAACAGCCAUGA